AUGAGUUCCAACGGCGGCUUUGCCGACCUCUUCAGCCUUGGGACCGCGAGCACGACAAAUACCGGCCGAAGAUCCACCUCGACCAUUCGAUCGCGCAACCGCCGUCUGAUCUCGUUCACAGAGGAUGAUGUCGACGAGAAUGGCAAACAAAUGCAGUCCUCCGGGUUGUCGUCGAUGCUAUCCCCCGAUAACUCCGCUGUUCGCUCCCGCGGUGCUACACCAUCGCCUAACCCGUCCCGCGGAGUGUCCCCCAUACCCAUGAGACAUCCCUCUCGAGCAACCGAAGCUGCCAAUCGUAGCAAGGGAAAUAGCUCCUUAGGUGGGUUCUGCCGUGAGGAGGAAAGUGGAAUGAUGUUUGCUGAGUCGUCGCGAGCCGCUGUAGACUUCUUUGAUGCAUCAUGGACAUCGCUUCAAAGUUUAGCCUCGUCGGUACUAGGGAGCGAUAUUGCACGACCGGCCACCACCAACGGAAGUACUAGGACGCAUGUGAGGAAACCCUCCCGUCCAGAUCCUUAUAUGAGGCCCCCUGCACGGACGUCGACACCAGCAACCUGGGGUCCCUCUGCCCCGUCUACGCCGGAAAUUGGAAGCGGAACCCAGGAAGAGAGACAGGCACUAGUGCAGGCAAAGAAAAGGGAAGCCCUAUUAUUAGCAGACACGGGCCCGGCUUGGAGUACGACCCCGCGACACAAACGGCGGGAUUCCAGCGAUCGGACGGGUCAUUCGAAUAUUGAUCCUGACCUCGAUGAGGAUGCCUUAGCUUAUAUACAUCAUGUACAGUCCACAGAUACCAUUACCGGUGUUACGAUACGAUAUGGAUGCCAGCCCGCGGUAUUCCGAAAGGCCAACGGCUUCUGGCCUAGCGAUAGCAUUCAAGGCCGAAAAACGGUCCUUCUGCCGGUUGAUUCGUGCUCGGUCAAAGGACGGCCCAUCCGGCCUAGAAUGGGAGAGGACCUUCUAGGAGAUGGUCGCCAGGAAGGCGAAUCUUUGGAGGAUAUGAACGGCAGCUCAAUAGCACCAACUCCAUCGUCUACGUCUGCCGAGGGGGGAACAUCUGCGUCUCCUGCGGCAGAGAUUGAAGGUGACCGAAUAUGGAGGCACGAGUCGUGGGUACAUAUCGAGGGCUUUCCUGCGCCGGUUGAAAUUGGCCGCGUCCCCCGCAGAGCAUUGGGGUUCUUCCCACGAACGCGGCGGAAAUCGGUUUCGUAUUCGGACUCGGUGUCGUCUCCAUUAUCUGGACGAGGCACAACCGCUCCCUCAUCGCCUUCGCCAAUCGAAUCGGGAUUUGCUCAGCCAGUCAUUCCCAAAUGGAGUCGCCCGCACGCCGAUUCGUCUGCGUCACGUACCUCUUCCAAAGGCAAGCCCGGCAUUCGCCAUCAACGCCAGCGCAGCAACAUCCAAUUGUCGGGACCUGGCGUCGGCACUCUCGACCAUGAUUCGAAUGCACCGGGCCCCGCCAUGGACGGACUUAGCAAAUUCUUUGCACAGCAUAUGCCGAAUCUUGCGCCCGUGGCUCGCCCACCGAAUUUCGAAAGCUCGUCGGAAAGUGUGUCGACGGCGGCCGCGAACACACCAACCAGCCUGGACAACCUUGGCGGAGCAGUCGAGUCGUGGGUCAGGAAAAUGACGACUCGAGCCAAGGCCAGCUUGAAUGAACUGCAGCAGACGCCUGGCCCGGUAACCCAUGACCCCGCACAGGCCGUUGGACGACGCGGCAACGGCGAUCUCAUCGAGUUGAACGACGGGAUGGAGUCUCGCAGCUCGUCGAAUGCGAUCUCCGAGCCUCGGUGGAGACCCGAUUUGCUACGGUCGGGAUCAAGCCUUCACGAAGGAACAGCGUUGCGGGGACGUUUCCUCAGCCCUUCACCUGGGACGAGCCGGACUCGUUCUGGAGGGGACAGGGCGAAAGAUGAUUGA